CCCCACAGGGGAGAGAGAUUGUGUUUCCAUAUUUUUGCACAUGCCGAAAAUGCAUAAAGUCCACAUAAGGCAGCACUCGACCCAGUACUCACAGGUGGAGGAUGGAAAUGGGUCAUGACCGGGAGGAGUUUUCUCUGAGUGGACUUGCACGACCUGCAUUGUUGUAGAUCCCUGCGCUUUGGAUUAUGGUUUUCAUCCUGAACUGUGGCUCGCCUCGCUUCCACUGAACUUGCAGAUUUAUUAUCAUUUGUUUACUCCGUUGGUCAAUGCAUUCUUUGUUGAAUGCAAAGAUCGUCAUGUUCAUCAGAAGAACUUUUCUCAUUUACUUUGGGGUCUCACUCUUAAAGCUUGUCCAUUGCCUGGAAAGUGAAAUUUGCUUUCCGAUUACAUUAGAUAACGAUGUCACAAUGGAUUUUGACAACGACGUGGACACCCUUAAUGGAAAAAGUGUCAUAAAGAUACAAGCUUUCCACCAGGAAUUAGUGGUCGAUUUACACCAAGAUUCUAGUUUCAUUGCGCCCUCUAUUUCCAGCCAAGACGCAUUUUGGUUCCUCAACACCGAUGUCAGCGCUGACUUGAGCCGGUGUUUUUACUCCGGAUAUGUCAACGCCGACCCAUACUCCUAUGCUGCUUUAAGCCUCUGCAAAGGUUUACACGGUGCGUUUGGAUUCCAAGGAUGGGAAUAUUUUAUCAGCCCGGCGCGAAAUGACACCACAAGCGCAGAGAGCGCGCACAUCAUCCAGCGCAGAAGCAGCAACAGCCUCAAGCAUAAUUCAGCUUCUAGGUGCGCAGUGGACAGCGAUUUAAGCCUCCAAUUUGCACAAUCACUGGAGAAAUACAAGCGACUGACGAACUACAACAAUAUAACCGAAACGAUGCUGAAAAGGAUGGGGAGAGCCAAAAGGUUCGCCUCAGUCCCCAGGUACGUGGAAACGCUCGUAGUGGCAGACGAGUCCAUGGCGCAGUUCCACGGAGAUGACCUGAAACAUUACCUCUUGACACUGAUGUCAGUGGCAGCGAGGCUGUACAAGCACCCUAGCAUUCUGAACGCCAUCAGUAUUACAGUUGUGAAGAUUGUGAUUAUAUCAGAGGAGGACAAAGGACCCAAGGUGUCCGGGAACGCAGCCAUGACGCUGCGGAACUUUUGUACUUGGCAAAAAAAGAUGAAUAAAAACAACGAUAAGCAUCCAGACUACUGGGACACAGCGAUUCUCUUCACUAGACAGGACCUCUGUGGAGCCUCCACCUGUGACACUCUCGGCAUGGCAGAUGUUGGCACCAUGUGUGACCCAAAGAGGAGCUGCUCUGUGAUUGAAGAUGACGGUCUACCUUCAGCCUUCACCACUGCUCAUGAGCUUGGACAUGUGUUCAACAUGCCCCAUGACAAUGUCAAGGCCUGUGAAGAUGUGUUUGGGAAACUACAGGACAACCACAUGAUGUCUCCUACACUUAUUCAGAUCAACCGCACUAGCCCCUGGUCUCCGUGCAGUGCUGCUAUCAUCACUGAAUUUUUGGAUGCUGGGCAUGGGGAAUGUUUGCUGGACCAGCCUCAGAAACCACUAGUUCUUCCUGAUGUACAGCCUGGAGAUAGCUACAGCCUUGACCGUCAGUGUGAGCUUGCCUUUGGAGAAGGCUCCAAGCCUUGUCUCUUCAUGCAGUCACCGUGCAGUCGUUUGUGGUGCACAGGAAAGUCCAGUGGCCACUUUGUGUGUAUGACUCGACACUUUCCCUGGGCAGAUGGCACCCACUGUGGUGAAGGAAAGGUCUGUGACCGAGGAGUCUGCUCUGACCAACAGGUUCACAAUGUGAAAGUGGAUGGACGCUGGGGUAAGUGGGGUUUGUUUGGCUCCUGUUCACGCACAUGUGGAGGUGGUGCCCAACUGUCUAAAAGGGAGUGUAACAAUCCUGUUCCAUCAAAUGGGGGUAAAUACUGCCGCGGGGUUCGAGUCAGAUAUCGCUCCUGCAACUUGAACCAUUGCCCUGAAACAGGUAAGAGUUUUCGUGAAGAGCAGUGUGAGAUCUCUGGGCAAGGUUUCAACAGUAACCAUAUCACCCAUCCUGUGAUGUGGGUACCCAAGUACUCUGGAGUUUCCACAGAAGACAGGUGUAAACUCAUCUGCAGGGCAAAUGGAACUGGCUACUUCUAUGUCCUGUCACCAAAGGUUGUUGAUGGGACUCCAUGCUCACCAGAUUCCACAGGAGUGUGUGUUCAAGGGAAAUGCAUUAAGGCUGGAUGUGAUGGCAAAAUUGGCUCCAACAAGAAGUUUGAUAAGUGUGGAAUCUGUGGAGGUGAUAACAAGGCCUGCAAGAAGGUGUCAGGACUCUUCACAAAGCCUUUGCAUGGCUACAACUUUGUGGUGAUGUUACCAGUUGGUGCAGCCAACAUAGACAUACGUCAGCGAGGCUAUAAAGGAAUGAUGAGUGAUGACAACUAUCUGGCAGUGAAGAACAGUCAAGGCCAUUACCUGCUCAAUGGGAAUUAUAUAGUGUCAGCUGGUGAGAAAGAUAUCAUUGUAAAGAGUAGCUUGCUGCGCUACAGCGGCACAUCCGGCCUCUCAGAGACCCUGCAGGCAAUAAAACCGCUCGGAGAAGCCUUGACUGUAGAGGUGUUGUGUGCAGGCAAGAUGACACCUCCUCGCAUCCGCUACUCAUUCUACCUCCCUCGUCAGACCAAAGAGGACAAAACUCUGAAGAAGGAUGGGCAUGCCAGCACCCACAAUAGUGUCCUGGUAGAGGAUGGCAGCAAAGAGAAAGGAGACACCCUGAAAAGCUCCUACAGUAAAGAGGAUUCUACACUUGGGAAAUGGAUUUCUGCAGCCUGGGACCAGUGCUCUGUGUCCUGCGGCCAGGGUUUCCAGAGAAGGAUGGUGCAGUGUCUUAUACCAGAUGGAAAGCCAGGGGUGGACUGUGAUCCUUCGCAAAGGCCUUCAGCAACUAGGGUUUGUGGAGAGCCGUGUGCUGAGUGGCAUAUUGGGAAUUGGUUGCCCUGCUCCCGAACCUGUGGGAAGGGCUUCAAGAGGCGAUCACUGCACUGCAAAAGCCAGACUGGGCACAUUUUCACAAGGGAUCACUGCGCUGGCUUUCGUAAACCACAGGAGCUGGACUUCUGUAACCUAAGGCCUUGUUAGUGACUCAAACUACACACAUGUUUUAAUGUUUUAAAAGGACUGAAUUGAAUCCACCUGCAAGUAUCACACCAUGCCUGUCAGAUGCAGAUGUUUCCACCUGCACUGCUGGACUGUUAGAGGAUGACAGACAUUGCUUGGAAGGAGUACAAGAAUAUUGGAGAGUAAGUCACAGCUGGAGGAUGAAUGCUGGAAGAUAUUUUUCUCUGCCAUCACUCUGUAACUCUGAUGGGAAAAUAACAUAAUAGAAAGUCAAGUAAAAUUUGAAUCCUCCGUUCUGUCAGCCAACACACAAUGCCCAUUUGCAAGCAAUCAGUCUACUUUGCAGCAUGAGUCUGGAACCCAUUUAAUGUCAUAAUAGUUGAACAUCAAAGUUCUUUAGCUGGGUCUUGCAGAUAUUCAGUACUGUAUUGGUAAAGCCAACUACUGGUAGUUGUCCAAAGAAUGACUCCAGCCAUUUUUCAAACAGAAUGUGUCCCAGGAAUGGCAUGCAUAAUAUAUACCAAGUGACAUAGUCUUUUAGGGUUUAUUCAUUUAGAAAGGGAACAUCUAGAGAGACUGUACUGCUGCAUCAAUUAUCUAAUGCGAACAGCUAAUGGAUACCAACUGUCAGGACACAACAGUGAUAAAACCCUAGACAGCUUUUGACAGUAGCUGCCACUGUGUUCAAGUGUCCAUCACUUUCACAGAAGCAAACAGUAAUUCAGCAUUUCUUUUUGAAGAAUUUGUCUGCGUCAGAGAGGUUUUUUUGUUGUUGUUACAACUACAAUCUGAAGUCAUGCUGGUUAUCUUUAUAACCAAAAAGAACAAAAAGGGGGCAGGAGACAAGUGGUUUGAUCCCUAAAAGCUUUAGGGUGAGCUUCAGCUUUAAUCUGAUGUCAUACAUACAAACUCAGAAAGGGUCCAAUUCCUGCCUCUUUUUGUUCUGCAUGUUUCAUUGCUGCCUUCAAUUGACCUCAACUAUUUGUCUUCACAUUUUAUAGUCUUCAGCCGGUCAUGAAGCCUUAUUACAUCAAGCCUGUCUGGCAAAGUUACCACCAAUAAUUUAUUAUUAAUGAAACAAUAAAGCACAGAGGAAGUGUUGCCCAGAAACUCCUUAUUCGAGGCUUCAGAGCCUGAAGCAUGCUGAUCCUUCUGCAUUCUUGAUGAUAUCCUGUAAUCCAUUACGUACUUCUCUUUUUUAAGUGGCCACAUUGAUCAGUUCAGCAUCCAACUACUGGAUGAAUCUUGCAUUAAUUGAAUUAUCAUUAUAUUUGUUUGUUUUUCUACUUUUCUAAUAAGCUUUUGCACUUUGUACAGCAAAAGAAACCAAUGACCUACAUGAGCUGUACUGUAUACCAUGUAUACAUUCAUUCAGCUCUGUUAAAAUGUAAAUACUUUUUAAAACUUCUUUUUUUACACAGACAUUUGUAAUAGUCUUUGACUUAUGCAUAUUUAUUCUAAAAUAAAGCAGUUAUCUAAAAAUAAUGAUACCUUGAUCCUUUUUUAAAAAUAUAUAUCAGUAUCUUUGCAUUAUUGUAUAUCAGUGUGAAUUCUUUUUCUCAGAAAUGCCUUCUUUUCUGUCAUUUUUAUUAACAUUUCUUAAACGUGUACUAGCAUAUACUGCACACUGUUAAUGUAGGAACACAGAUGAUAUAUGCUGGAGACAAGAAGAUGCUGAUAGGAAGGUGACAACAAAACCACACUUCAGACAGAAGUGCAGUAGUUACCAGUUACACUGUCUGGAUGUUGUCAAAACUUUGGAUGAAGCAGUGUUUGACCACAUCAACCACAAGUAAAUUUUAACCAAUCAGAUCAAUAAACACACUGCUAGGAAACAGGUUGUUAGUUAAAGGUCCUGUUGACGCCUGCUGGUGGACAAAUAAAGUCACU